AUGUCUCUCCCCCUAGAACUAGUACGAGAAAUCAUCCAUCUUCUGCUCUUCUCCGCCCCACCGCAGUCCUCGACUCCGGAAAAGCCUGGCUAUUCAACUAAACCCACAUGGGGCACGGUCAAUGCGCUCAGCCUCACUUCACAAAACUACCGCGCUCUAGUGCUGGAAGCGUGGUUUCGGACUCUCUUCAUCGAAUCACCAGAGGAUCUUAGCUUUUUACGGCACUCAGGCUGGUUUCCUGAGCUAAGGAGUAAAUGGACCAGACACCUCCAUUGUGUCCAACCAUACAACAACAUCCUCUCCUUCUGGAAUCUCUCCUCCUUCCUCCGUGUUUCCUCCAUUAGACUGGACUGGCUCUCCCCUAACCUCUUCCCAUUCAUGACCCUCCCACACGCUGACUUGGACACACUACCCUUUACACACCUCUCCUCCAUGGUUGAACAUUUUGACCUGCGCGGAAGGAUCUGGCCUGAUCCUGGGGUGAUACAAGCUAUUGCUGAUACCCCAGGCUUUGGGCAUUUGAAGACAUUGAAGAUGGUGCAAGACACUGUGUGGUGUGGGCUUUGCAAUACUUGCUGUCUUGUCCAAUUCAAAGACAGGCCGACGGGGGUGGUGUAUGAAGGGGGCUUGGGGUUGCCUAUCCACUACGCACGUAUUCUAGCACCACUUGAAUACCUUGAAGAAGUUGUGACUAUUAUACCCAACCAUGGCCUUGGAUUUACUACAUUGGGUUCGACAGACCCAGACUCAAAUACGGACACGAACCCAGAGACAUCCAACACAAAUUUAAACCCGAACUCAUGGUCGGGUGAAUGCGAUACCUGUAUGGUGAUGAUGUACGACGAUGAUGCCUUCCGUGAGAAGUGGGUGGCUAGGAAGAGACGUGUCGGUCUGGCUGGUGGUAACGAUGAUGGCCAGAAAGAUGUGCGGCCACCGAAGUUGAGGAGGGUGGAGUACCGGUUCACUACAGUGGAUAACGGGGAGGAGGAGAAGCGCUUUGAGGAUUACGAGGACGUGGAUACUAGUGAUAGAUUGGCGACACAAUGGGAAGGGGAUGCUACCUGCCUCUGGCCGUUCGACCUAGAGAAUAACACUCCCUUUUCCCAAGGUAUCAGACAUCCGGGUGUCGUCCAUCAAUUCAUCCAACAAUGGGAAGUCAAUUGA